AUGCCACCUCGGUUACCACAACAGGCCGCGCGCGCCCUGCGCAGGCUGGCAACGGCAUCUUCCCCCUCGGCUUCUCCUUCUUCUUCUCUCCCCGUGGUACGAUACCUCUCGACCUCGACCGCUCGCUUUGCCGCCCCGGCUGCCCCGAGCCACCCGUCGUCCCUCCGUCUGCCCGCCGACUACGUCCCGCCGACGAAGCCCCCCUCGGCUCGCCCCCCCGAAACGCGCAAGUCGCAGCUCAUCCGCACCUACACGUCGCUUCUCCGCACGACGCCCCUGAUCCUCUUCUUCCAGCACAGCAACCUCACGGCCGACGAGUGGUCCUCGCUCCGCCGCGAGCUCAACGCCGCACUCGCCGCCGCCUCGCCCGAGGGCGCCGCCGUCGAUGGCCGCGACGUCCACCUCCAGGUGUUGCGCACGCGCAUGUUCAACGUCGCCCUCAAGCUGGCCGAGUUCUACGACCCGGAGACCGCCAAGGCCAAGGCCGGCGUGCAGACGGGCCCGCGGGGCCCCCUCGUGCACGACCUCAGCAUGGCCGCCUACGAGGCUAUGAAGGACUUCCAGCCCCCCGAGGACUCGGCCUACGCCCAGAUCUCGCCGCUGCUGUGCGGCCCUACGGCGGCUCUCGUCUUCCCAGCCGUCUCGCCCGCGCACCUGGCCGCGGCGCUGAGGGUGCUUUCGCCGAGCCCGCCCGACUUCCCCGCGCCGACGCGCAAGAAGAACCCCGGCUACUACGACCCGCUUUGCCAGUCCGCGCUGCAGAAGCUGCUGCUCGUCGGCGGCCGCAUUGAUGGCGAUGUGUUCGACGUCGAGGGCGUCAAGUGGGUCGGCGGCAUCGAGGGCGGCCUCGAGGGCCUGCGCGCGCAGCUCGUUUACCUGCUCCAGAGCGCGGGUCUGGGUCUCACGACGGCCCUCGAGGGCGGCAGCAAGAGCCUUUGGCUGGCCUUGGAGGGCCGGAGGACGCAGUUGGAGGACGAGGGCAAGGAGGGCGAGGCGAAGGCCGAUGGCGAGACGAAGAGCGAGUAG